UUUUUCCUUUCUUGCUUACGAAAUAUCUUUUAACUCAGCAGACUGUGUUAGAAAUUAUUGUUUAAGCUAUGAUUUUUACUGCCUAGGGAGCGACACAUCUCAGCCUCAAGAAAACAGCUGUUUUGCGGAAUAUUUUGCGAUUCAGUUUGAUAAAAAAAAAAAAAAAACAAAUAACACCAACGAGGGGAAUUAUGUUGAGGAACGCCGGCAGCAGAUUAUUUCGUGGAUUGCACGGAAAAUGUAACACAUCGGCGCAGCAUGUGAGGGGCAUAAAUUUGAUACCCAUGGUGGUCGAACAAACUGGCAGAGGGGAACGUGCAUAUGAUAUAUUCUCUCGUCUAUUAAAGGAGCGCAUCAUUUGUCUAAUGGGCAACAUUACAGAUGAUAUCAGCUCGACGGUCGUUGCUCAGCUGCUAUUUCUUCAGUCGGAGAAUGUCAACAAGCCCAUACAUUUGUAUAUAAAUUCACCUGGUGGCGUGGUUACGGCUGGCCUAGCAAUCUAUGAUACGAUGCAAUAUGUGAAGCCACCAAUAGCGACGUGGUGUGUGGGACAGGCAUGUUCAAUGGGUUCAUUACUACUGGCAGCUGGCGCACCCGGCAUGCGUUACUCUUUGCCGAAUGCGCGCAUCAUGAUACAUCAGCCGUCCGGAGGGGCUCAGGGUCAAGCCACCGACAUACUUAUACAUGCGGAGGAGAUUAUUAAGAUAAAGCGUCAACUAACAAAUAUCUAUGUAAAGCAUGCUAAAAAUUGUUAUGAUGAGAUGUGUUCGCGUAUGGAGCGUGACCAUUUCAUGACCCCGGAAGAGGCCAAGACCCUAGGCAUAAUUGAUCAUGUGCUUGAGCAUCCACCAGAAACUGUGUCAGAAAGUGGACCAACAUCUGAUGGUGGACCGGCAACUGGCAAACUAAUCUCUGACGCAGCUACAGAGAAGAAAAGAUCCAAGCAGUCAGGCUAACUUAUUGACUUUUUAAUUUCCAAAGAAGAGUUUAAAAUUGUAAUUCGUUGGAUAGGUCACACAUAAAAAAUUCUUAAAAUAUUCAG